CCAUGAAACGCAAAUUUUGAUCCAAUCCCCUCUCUCUUUCUAUACCUAACUUUUUCUCAUAUCUUCCUUUUCCAAUCCAAUCCAAUCCCGAUUUCUUUAGGAAAACAAUAUGGCGCAGAGGACGGAGAAGGAGGAAACUGAAUUCAAGGUUGUUCCAGAAACUCUAACCCUCUGCGUUAACAACUGUGGCGUUACGGGAAAUCCGGCUACCAACAAUAUGUGUCAGAAUUGCUUCAACUCCACCACUUCCGUCGCCGCAGCUCUUUCGUCCACGCCUCCUAAAAUAACCGCCUCCUUACGACGCGAUCUAAGUCCUAGAUCUACAUCAUCAUCAUUAUUGACGUCUUCCGUGACGACGACGAGUCGGAGUUUAAGUUCGGAGGCGGCUUUGAAUGCGACGGUUACGGUGAUGGCGAAGAAGGAGGUGAAACGUUGCUCUGGUUGCAGAAAGAAGGUAGGUUUGACCGGAUUCAGGUGUCGAUGCGGUGAGCUUUUCUGCGGCGAGCAUCGGUACUCGGAUAGGCAUGAUUGCAGCUACGACUAUAAGGUUGCAGGUCGUGAGGCUAUUUCAAGGGAGAAUCCUCUGGUCAAGGCCUCCAAGAUUGUUAGAAUCUGAA